CGAUAACAAGAUUGAACAAAAAUCAGCUGUUGUGCAACAAAAAAUUAACGUGAAGAAACACAAAAUGCAGUUGACAUUAAUCAAUUUCUUUAAGAAAACUGUUCCCGGACAUAUUUUCCGUGGCAAGCGGCGCCUAGUCAAGCCGGUAAGCAAACGUGCCAUGGAAACGCUUACUCGGGAAUAUGAACGCCAGGAAAAAAUUAUGCUGCUGCUGAGACAUCCCUAUUUGACAUUGGAGCAAUCCUCUGGCCAUGCCAAAGCCUUACAAAAGCGUGAGCAAUUGGUGGCCAAAUGGACGGAUGAGCAGACAAUACGUAAAAUGAAACCACAUGUGACCAUCGAGGAGCGUCUAAAUCAAUUAAAAAUCAAAGAAGCCUGGGAUUAAGUCCCAAACCCCAACUCUAGCUCUAACUUUAUUUUUGUUUAAAUAUACAAACAUUAAAUUAGAUAAA